AGCUAAAAAAAUGUCUUCUGACCAGUCUCGACUUUUACUCCAAAAACAAUUAAAUGACCUUACAAAAAAUCCUGUUGAUGGUUUUAGUGCGGGUCUUGUCGAUGAAAGCAAUAUAUACAAAUGGCAAGUGUUCAUAAUGGGACCGCCUAGCUCGCCAUAUGAAGGCGGAAAUUUUCGUGCAGAGCUUAUCUUUCCAAAAGACUAUCCAUUAUGUCCACCUACAAUGCGGUUUAUUUCAAGAAUUCUUCAUCCAAAUAUAGACCGUGAGGGGAAUGUUUGCAUUUCUAUUUUGCAUGAGCCCGGGGACGAUAGAUUUGGAUAUGAAAAGGCAAGUGAGCGUUGGUUGCCUGUACACACUGUUGAGACUAUUUUAAUUUCUGUUAUUUCAAUGCUUUCUGACCCAAAUUUUGACAGUCCUGCCAACGUUGAUGCAGCGAAACUCUAUCGAGAAAAUCCUGCAGAAUAUAAGCGACAGGUUGCUAGAUGUGUUCGAGGGACCGAAGAAUUAUAA